CCAAUCACAUUCGCGUAUUCGGUCACAUGGGCCUAGGGGUUAGUGUGAUCUCGCUAUUAUUCCAAUUUUGUGUAGUCACCCCGAAAGAUAGUCAUUGAAGAAGUAAAGCGAUACUCACUUAAAUUUUCUGUUCGUGACAAUAAGACGACAACAACUCCACAAUGUCUAUUAUGUCCUACAACGGAGGGGCCGUCAUGGCCAUGAGGGGGAAGAACUGCGUGGCCGUCGCAUCUGACCUCCGAUUCGGCAUCCAGGGUCAGAUGGUUACGGCAGACUUCGAGAAGGUCUUCCCCAUGGGCGAGAGGCUAUACAUCGGAUUAGCCGGGCUGGCCACUGAUGUUCAGACAGUAUCUCAGAGGCUAAAAUUCCGAUUGAACCUUUACGAGCUGAAGGAGGGUCGCCAGAUCAAGCCCAAGACUUUCAUGAGCAUGGUGUCCAACUUACUCUAUGAAAGGAGGUUCGGGCCCUACUACGUCGAGCCUGUGAUUGCCGGGCUCGAUCCGAAGACCUUUGAGCCCUUUAUCUGCUCCUUGGAUUUGAUCGGAUGUCCCAUGGUGACCGAGGACUUUGUCGUGAGCGGCACUUGCUCGGAGCAGAUGUACGGCAUGUGUGAGUCUUUGUGGGAACCGGAGAUGGAACCCGAUGACCUGUUUGAGACCAUCUCGCAGGCCAUGCUGAACGCCGUUGAUCGGGACGCAGUGUCCGGCAUGGGUGUAGUCGUACAUGUCAUCGAAAAAGAUAAGAUCACCACAAGAACGUUGAAAGCGAGGAUGGAUUGAAACACCAUGCAUCACAGUACAUUUUGGAUAAAUAAACAUGUUUACGCAU